UUCCAGGUCGACGCUAUCGUCUAUGAGCCUGCACAGUUUCCUGACGAGGUAUACCUUCAAAGAAGAUAAAUUCAUCUCUUCCGAUGUGCCCGCAGCUCUAUCAGCAAGCUCUGAGCCUCCUUGAUCUUGAGAGCUCUACCAGAAUCAAGAAAUUCUACAGACGCGAGGACGCUUGUCGUAUGCUUUCUGGUUAUUUUCAUUCUCCGUUAGACCUCUGAGACUACGCUUCAGGAACUCUGAUCGGUCGAUUCUUGCCUCGAAUGCUGCUUCAUGCCCGCGGAGUCUCUCUGGGAGCCAUGGAAUUCUCGUCUACUGAAACGGGCAAGCCAUUUAUUACAACACAGGGUAUCGACCCUCCCAUCGCCUUCAAUGUGUCUCACGAUAACGGUUUGGUGGUCAUGGCUUCUUCCACCAAUAGCAACAUCGGCAUCGAUGUCAUGAAGGUUAGUUUACCUGGCAGAGAUACGUUUAUCUCGUUCGUGGAAGCAAUGGGGGACCAGUUGACGGCACACGAACGCCAGCUGGUAGCUUCCGCCCUUAACCAAGCCCAAGCGCUGGAGCACUUCUUCUGGAUGUGGACAGCGAAGGAGGCGUAUACUAAAGCCCUGGGUAUCGGCCUUGGCUUUAAUUUUCGACGAGUCGAAUUUGACCCAGUAAAUAAUAUCUUACUGGUCGAUGGGAUGGUGCCGAAGGGGUGGAGAUUCUCCAAAUUUGUGGUCAUUCAAGGUGACGAAAGAUACCAAGGAGUGGUCGCGGAAUCAGUCGGGGGAGAAGAAACGAGUAUUUUGCCUGAAACUGGUCCACAUGAAUGGCUGGUGGUUCAAAAGGCCUCCAACUUCAUCCGCGAUGCUGUGCAGAAAUUCGAGUGUUGA